GUGUUUCAUAAGGUAUCCUACAGAAGGAUUUCGUAAACAGAGCACUGAGCUUCCUUACAGAACAUGAACGUCUGUUGGACAAAGGUGACUUUAUUGUAAUGAGGAAUUAAAAGCGAACGGUGAGACACAACAUUUGGAAGGAUGAGGAGGCUGUACUUUGUGGAACCCAUUGUUGCCAUUUACGCAUUUGCCGGUUUUUUGGUGUUUCCACUGGUGCCUCAAUAUGUGUAUCGCCGCUUGUGGCAAGACCUGACGAAUAGCACCUAUCCUGAGUCGGACAACUCAUCUCGGUGCACUCCCACCAACGGGAGCAAUCACUCGAACCAUCAAGAAGAGGUUCAGCGAGCAGCAUCUCUAUUCUCUCUCUACACGGAGCUGUUUUCCAGUAUCCCCAGUCUCACCGUGACUCUGAUCCUGGUGUCCUACAGUGACCAGUAUGGCCGCAAAAUCACCAUCAUCCUGCCUCUGGUGGGCUCCCUGGUGUACACCCUCUCCUUCCUGGCCGUGUCGUUCUUUGAGCUCAACUUGUACCUGCUGAUCGUGGCCUCCUUCGUCAGCUCGCUGUUCGGCGGCAUCGGCACCAUGCUGGGCGGCUGCUUUGCCUACAUCGCCGACAUGUGCGAGGACGGCAAGCAGAAGACGCUGCGCAUGGCCGGGGUGGACAUGGUGAUCGGGCUGCUCUCUGGCGUGGCUUCCAUCUCCACGGGCUACUUCCUACGGGCGGCGGGCUUCAACUGGCCGUUCUUCACCUCUGCCCUGUUCCAGCUGGCCAACCUGCUCUACGCCGUUCUCAUCCUAGGAGAGAGCCGGGUCGUGGAGACCCCAGAAGAGGGAGUGAGCUGUGGCAUGGCCUUGCAAAAACUUGUGAAGGGGGUCCAACAGAUAUUUGUGGGUGGCAGUCGCAACAGGAACUGUCUACUGGGACUGCUGAUCACUAUUUUCUCCGUGUACACCUUCGCUGACAUGGGCGGUUUGUCUAUGGUCACUCUAUAUGAACUCAACGAACCACUCUGCUGGAGCGAGAUCCUCAUUGGCUAUGGGUCGGCCCUGUCCACCACCGUUUUCCUCACCAGCUUUGCUGGGCUGUCUCUGCUGUCUCGCUGUCUGCCCGAUGUGGUCAUUGUCCUCAUUGGCAUGCUGUCACUCUGUUCAGGCCUGGUGUUUGUUGCCUUUGCGAAGACCACUCUUAUGAUGUUCUUGGCCAGAAUACCCAUGAUGCUAGCAGUUAUGCCCUUCCCUGUCAUGCGUUCAAUGAUGUCAAAGGUCGUCUCCAAAUCUGACCAAGGAGCACUGUUUGCCUGUGUGGCCUUUCUGGAGAGCUUGAGCAGUAAUAUUGGCUUAGCGGUGUUCAGCAGUAUCUAUGCCACUACCGUUGCCUGGUACCCCGGCUUCAAUUUCCUCCUGGCUGCCAGUCUCUGCAUCAUACCCAUCAUGAUGCUGGGCUUGGUGAAUUUGUUUAGAGAAGACGAUUCUGAAGAGACCGAACCUCUCCUCUCAGGUGCUCAGACCAUCCCUUCAGAUGACCUACCCGUAGCUUGAAGGUCAAAGGAAAAUUGUCUCUUUUUCUUCUUCUCAGGUUACAUCUGUGGACUUAUGGUUGUGUUUUUUUAUGGAUUGGACUGCAUUUUUUCUUUGGACUUGCCUUUGUCCAAAGUGAUUAACUUUAUGGCAUGGAUAUCAUGCCAUAGUGUUCUUAUACAAUCUGAAUUUGAGAACUAAUAUCAACAAAUACUUACAGUUAACUGAAAAGCCAGUUAUGGGUGAGUGCAAUUAUUCGACUAUAUAUCAAAUGUUGCUUUUGUUUGAAUUAAUUUGUCAAAGCUUUCUUACCUCUUUUACUACAGAUGGGUAUUUUUCUCAUUAAGCUGUUAGACAUUGCUAAUAGCAAUAUAAUUGUCAUUUUAGUCUGCAUAUGAGCAGAUGUGUUUCAGACAUGAUUUUGUCUGAUUUUGUGCCUUAUUAUAUUCAUUGACUUUUUUUUAUGUUUGAACAAAGUAUUUUUCAAAUUAUAUAUACAGAAGUCAUGAGAGGAACCAUUCCCGGUCUAUGCUCUUGUUGGGAGAUUCUUGUAGUUAUGUCACCGCCUUUUUAAUACUUCUGAUAAAAAUGCACUUACAUUGCAUUCAUAUAAAAUAUGAAAUAAGACUUAAAACUAUCUUUAAAGACAUUUCCUCCCCUACCAGGAGUGAAUUCUAGGUAAUAUUUUUUAAGCACAAAGUGAUCAGCAAAAAAUAUGAAAAGAAUAAUAUAAAUAAGAAUAUGAAAGAAAAAUAUGAAGGAUAUUCUUUUCACAUUCUUUGCCAAUUCAAACCACUGUUUUAAAUUUGUGUCUUUUUCUGCAUUGCUAUCUCUUGGAUUUUUACCAGAAAUGGAGGUGCAUAACUUUUAUUAUGAAACAAUGUUCCUAUCUGUUACCUUACCAGGUGGUACUAUGUAAUGGGGAUAUGUGUAAAGUAUAUUAUUGCUACACAAGAGCACAUGACCAAUUUUCUCACUCAAAACCACAGACUUUUACUGGAAUUGUACAUUAUUCCACAAAUAUAUAACAAGCAAUAAUAAGUAAGCAGGCUACGAUCUCGUUGUAAAUGUUAUAAGAUCACUAGGUCACAGUAUGUACAUCAUUCUGACACGUAGAAACAGUAUGAGUAAAAUCACACCUAAGUUGGAUUAACAGCUGCUUAAGUGAAAAAGAACAUUAAAACACAGGGGGAAAAACAACAAUAAAACAUUAAAACC